AUGCUUGCCUCUGUCAAAUCCCUGGUUAUUGUACUCUUCUGUGUCUUGGCUACUCUCAAUGUUGUCAGCGCUGGUUGUAGAGAGUUGAAGCGUGAUGAUAGAUUCGUUGAAUACUGCUGCUCAUGUACCGAUAAGGGCUGGUUUGGCGAAUGCCUCACAACCCACAACAGCGCUUGUUACGAAAAUUACAAGUUGACUGGAGAACACAGCUGUCCUAAAGGUGAAUGGGGUUGCUACACUGAUUCCCAGAACCCUGUCCAUUAA